AUGCAUUCCAUCUUUGGGGGCAUGAAGCGGGCGGACACCUGCAAGUAUGUGGCGCUUUUGGUCUUAGUUCUCCAGAACUCUGCGGUAGUUCUGACUGUGCGCUACUCACGGAUGAGGAAGGAUGUAAUGUACAUUUCUAGCACGGCCGUGGUCAUGUCAGAGAUUGUGAAGCUCGUCGUAGCUUCGUUCCUGGUCGGCAUGGAGGAAGGGGGCUUGUGUGGGCUGGGCAGUAAACUCUACCAUGACAUAGUGCUGAAACCUGCCGAUUUUGCGAAACUUCUGGUCCCUGCAUUCCUUUUCACGAUUCAAAACAAUUUGUUAUUCGUCGCGCUUUCAAACUUGGAUGCCGCUAGCUUUCAAGUACUCUACCAGCUCAAAAUAUUGACCACGGCUGUCUUCUCCGUUGUCCUCCUUAACCGGCAACUAACCUGCAGACAAUGGCUGUCUCUAUUGGUCUUAAUAGUCGGGGUCUCUCUCGUUCAAACGUCGGGUUUGAAAGACGGAAGCACGUCGAGUACGGCUGGCAGAAACGGCAGCACGUCACUUGGAUUCGUCUGCGUAUUACUGGCUAGCUGCUCGAGCGGGUUCGCGGGAACCUAUUUUGAGAAGGUACUGAAGGACUCCGAGAUCUCCGUGUGGGUGCGAAACGUGGAGCUGGCCCUGAUCGGUAUCCCUGUGGGCGUCUUUGGCGUUUGGUACACAGAUGGGGCCGCCGUGCGCGAGGCCGGCUUUUUCUCUGGCUACAGCCCGCUCGUCUGGUCCGUGGUCGGGCUCCAGGCCGUGGGCGGUAUUGCCAUUGCUUUGGUGGUCAAGUACGCGGACUCAGUCCUCAAGAACUUCUCUACGUCCGUUUCCAUUGUUGUCUCCUGCCUGGUGUCCUACGUGGUCUUCGGGGAGACCGACCUCUCCCCUCAAUUUCUGGCUGGUGUCAGCUUGGUCAUGUACUCCACCUUUUUGUACGGCACAAGCUCUUCUGGGAUGUGCUGCCUCUCCGAGGGUGGUUCUUUUACCCCAAAUAAGGGCGUGGCUAGGAAGGAAAGCAAUAAGGUCUGGUCUGUGGCCUGCUGCGCCAAGCAAGCUGCGAGUACACGUGAUGACCCUCUCGCAAGCGUCCCGUUCCUGGAAUCUGCGGACAAGGAAAACCGUCAGAGGAAGGAUUGCGAGUCUCAUGGCAAUAAAUCUAAUAGGGUCAGUGCAUCCGUCGCAUGA